AGAGAGAGAGAGAGCGAGCUUGUGUCAGUGUGCGUUUAUGUGCGUGUGUACACAGGGAGCAGGAGAGAGGACAGUUAGUUGUGUGAAGGUCUUUGAGGAGACAUCUUUCUAUCUUACGGAACAUCCUCUCCUACAACAUGGCUGACAGUGGAGACAUCUUUAAACCAAGCUUUGCAGCCAUGCUCCACAAGCUGGACCCGGAUGACAGUGAGCAGAUCCUGGACUACUUUAAGACCAACGUCCUGCUGAUCAGGGAGAAAGCCCUUCUUCAGGCUUCAGUGCGCGAGGAGAAGAAGUUGUUGGUGGAGAACGCUAGGCUGAAGAAUGACAUCGCCGACCUUAGAGUCCAGCUGCAGGAGAAGAACAAGAGGAAGAUAGCCAAGGCCCUGUUCGCCCCGGUCCCGCCCACUGCUAAGCCCGCCCCGAGCCUGCUUGUCCGCCAGUCAGACUCCGCGUCUCCUGCCUCUGCCUUGGAGGAGCGAGCGGAGAGACCUGGGAGAAGGAGGAGAGGAGAGAGGCGAGCCCGACCAAAGUCAGACACUCUGUCUCUGGGGGAGGAGCCACGGGUGGAUGUUUCUCGUCUUGACAUCCGGAUUGGUCGGGUCCUCAGCAUCCGGAGACACCCAUUGGCCGAGACCCUGUCCGUCCAGGUGGUGGAGCUCGGAGAGCCCGCCCCUCGCACUGUGGUCAGCAAACUGAACCAGAAGCAAGACGUAGAGGAGCUCUGUGGUAAUCUGGUUGUGGUGCUGUGUAACGUGAGACCCUGUAAACUGAAAGGCGUGGUCUCGCAGGCCCGCCUGCUCUGUUGCUCCACCUCCGACGACAACAUAGAGAUGUUAGCCCCGCCCCCUGGCUCCAUCCCUGGCGACAGAGUCACGUUUAACAACUACCCUGGUGAACCAGACAGAGAGCUGGUUUCUAAGGACCGUGUCUGGGAGAUUCUUCAGCCAGACCUGCAGACUGAUGGGAGGGGCGUGGCUAGCUACAAGGGGGCGUGGUUUGAGGUGAAGGGGAAGGGCUUGUGUCGAAUCCCUACUCUAAAAAACUGUUCCAUCCACUAGACACAAACCAGAGAAAACCACAGAAGAAGAAACUGUUCAUCCACUAGAUACUUACCAGAGAUACCACAGAAGAAGAAACUGUUCAUACACUAGACCAGGGGUCACCAACCUUUUUGAACCUGAGAGCUACUUCUGAGAGCUACUUCUAUACACUCUUCUGAAAUAACAAAUUUGCUCAGUUUGCCUUUAGUUAUAUAUUACUAUUAAUGAUCAAUGAUACUCAUCUAUGUGAAGACAUGUUAAUUAAUUAAGUCAUGUUAAUGAUUUCUCACAAUAAUGAUCAACAAUGACUUAAAAAAGGUGGUAAAGAGUUGUUCAAGAAUGAGUAGUGCUAUUUUUAGAACAGGCCUACGGGCGCCUCAUGUGGUCCUUGUGGGCGCCAUGGUGCCCGCGGGCACUGUGUUGGUGACCCCUGCACUAGACAUUCACCGGAGAUACCACAGAAGAAGAAACUGUUCAACCACUAGAUACUCACCAGAGAUACCACAGAAGAAGAAUAAAAGCUGUUUUUUCAUCUACACUGUUG